AUGUGCAUCUCAUUCACCUCCAACUUCGCUAAGCUGGUCUUGGCCGUUACCCUCGUGCAAUCCAUCGCCCCCGUCUUGGCGGCGCCGAUCCCCGUUUCUAGCGCUAGCCGUACUACUGGCGCCCUUGCAACGAGCGUUCUCUCAGCCGUCGUCCCAACAUCCACAGGGCGUGUUACGCGCCCUGUUAAGGACAGGAUACCAAUCCCGAGCUCCCCUCAGGAUGCCAUCGACUAUGCACCCUUCAUCGUCCCGAGCUCCCCCCAAGACGCCAUUGACAGACCCGGCUACUUUGUAUCAAGGGAGAUGUCUUCAGACCCCGCGGCGGCGCUCUUGGAAACAUUGGAAGGUGCUCUUAGUGAAAUCGAAGGCAUGGUAGGCUCGCUUGGGCUUGGGUCGAUCGCUCCUCAGGCGACCGUUCCGACCGUCGCAGCCACCUCGGCCACGGCGGCGGCGAUGCCUUUGUCUCCUCCAACGGCACCGAUAGUCCCCGCCGCCAAUGGCUCAUCCACCAACGCAACCUCUGCCACCGCCGCAGCCGUGCCCGGACCCCCUUCGUCCGUUAGCACGAUCGCUCAGGCCUCCGCCCCUAUCCUCGCCGCUGCCGACAGUGCACCCGUGAUCGCCACCGACUCCGCCAGUGCCGCUGCAAAUACCGCCGCCGCCGCGCUGCCUUCGCCUGCACCCGAGGAACCCAGCGCGAUCGUCCCUAUCUCCGGCACGAACACUACUCCUCUCGGCGCUGCCACUGCGCCUGUGGCUGUCGCCACCGGGCCUGCCCAGCAAACCGAAGGCACCCUCAACACGGUCCUCGGUGACGUCCUUAUGAACGAGGUCGUCGAGGACGCGCUGGUCUCCGUCCUCAUGGCUGAGGACGGCGACGAUAACACGCCCGCUCCCACGGCUGCGCAACCAGCAGUCACUGCAGUCCAAGACGCGAGUCACUCCGUGCCCGACAACGAGAUCGCGGCCGUCAUGGUUAUACCGACCCCUUCCAUGGCGAUGCGGAACUUGGUCGACGACGCGAUCAACGAUAUCUUCGAUGUCGUUGACCCUGAUCCGACUCCUUAUCCCAACGGCGGUGGGAUCCAACACAGGCCAUACAGCUACUACGAGAAUCAAGGCCAAAACCAUGAUAGUCAGGGCUAUGAGGAGCGCUCUCCCAAAGUAGAAUUGCUCGGGGACGACCUCCUCGGUCUCGAGAUUGAUGGCCUGGAGUGAAGUUGCCUCUAC